AUGGAGAGCCAUAACAUACCGCGCUACAAACCUGUGGAGAAGACCGAAGAAGCGCGACAGCAGGAGCAGCGAAAGAUAGAAGAAUACAAAUCCUUAGAACACGAAGUAUCUCAAAAGGUCUCCGAACAUGUCUACACGCCUGACACUCUGAAGAAGAUCUCUGAUCUGCUGGGUCGCAACCCAGAAUACUAUACAGUCUGGAAUUACCGGCGACAAGUCAUGCGGCACCAGUUCUCGGCCUCAGACGUUGACUCCAAGGGCACCGAAGACAAAACCGCGCAGCCUGUUGUACAACUGAUUCAACAAGAUUUAAUGUUUCUUAUCCCACUACUGCGGAGUUUCCCCAAAUGUUACUGGAUCUGGAACUACCGCCUCUGGCUACUGGCCGAAGCCCAGCGACUUUUACCCCUUCCAGAUGCCCGCAAGCUAUGGCAAGAAGAGCUUGGGUUAGUGAGCAAGAUGCUGUCGCUCGACAGCCGUAAUUUCCACGGAUGGGGUUACCGCCGUCGCGUUGUGGAAACCUUGAGGCAAUUAGGAUCCCCGGAGGAGGCGGCCAGCAUGACCAAGCAGGAAUUCGAGUAUGCGAGGAAGAAGAUCGAUGCCGAUCUCUCCAACUUUUCCGCGUGGCACUAUCGCACAAAGCUGAUCCAGCGGCUCUUGGAUGAGAAAUCAGCUACCGAUGACGAGCGGAGGAAAAUGCUAGACGAUGAGCUGGAGCUCAUCCAUCAGGCUUUGUUUGACCCGGACGACCAGUCGAUAUGGUUUUACCAUCAAAAUCUCAUGUGCGUGUUUGAUCCAUCGGUCGCGCAUCGGACCAUGGCUCCCCACUUGAGCACGCCAGAACGACUUCAGUACCUCCAGCAGGAGAUUGAGCUCAUUGAAGAGAUGCUGGAUGGAGCAGAAAAGUGCAAAUACAUCUACCAGUCUCUUAUCGAAUGUACGUUGCUCGUAUCCAAGAUCACGGGGAAUUUGUCUGCCGAGGAUCACGAGCGGAUUGUCAGCUGGCUCUCUGAAUUGAAGCAAUGUGACCCACUACGGCAACAACGGUGGCUGGAUUUUGAACGUGCAUUACAAUCGAAUGCAUGA